AUCGGAUCAGAACCUAGAAGACUUCAGUCACCAUCAUGCAUGUGUCUAAGUACCAGAAGAUUUGUGUCAUUUGAAAAGACUUAAGGAGGAAAAAAAAAAGACUCAGAGGAAUAAAAGAACUCAGUCAGCAGACAGAAACAACAGUAACCCAGUGCUUAGACAUGGCCAGCACCCAGACCAGUUUGAAAACCCCUUUCAAAGACUUGACCUCAUUCAAGGGCAACAUGAAACGUCUGUACAGAGAGCGACUGGAAGACGCACCCAUCAAGAAGAGAGUGAUGGCAGAGAUCAACCUGAAGCGUCGCACCUUGGAUUCCCUCCCCAAAACUCCCAAGGUGAAGAGGGAGCAGAUCGAUGAUCUGCACCACGACUCUGACAUGGAUGUGGCAGCUCGGGCUGAAUUACAUGUGGUGGGCUCUGCUAAAGCCCUGGACCUGAGCCCUGGGCUCAAACACACACUGGCCCAGUUCACCCUCAGCAGCCAGAGCUCCCUUGGGGGCCCAGCUGCUUUCUCAGCCCGCACCGGCCAUGAGCAUUCCCCAGCCGGGUUGCCCCCCCUUCCCUCCCCUCCUGUUCUGGGAGGGGGCCCUCUGCUGGUUCCCUGUGACAGCUCCACUGAACUCACCCACUCGCUGCUGGAAGGAGAGUCCAUCUCUUGCUUCGUUGUUGGGGGAGAAAAGCGGCUCUGCCUGCCCCAGGUGCUCAACUCCGUACUCCGCGACUUCUCGCUGCAGCAGAUCAACACUGUGUGCGACGAGCUCUACGUCUACUGCUCACGUUGCGACGCUGAGCAGCUGCACAUCCUCAAAGUGCUGGGCAUUCUGCCGUUCAACGCACCUUCUUGUGGCCUCAUUACAUUGACGGAUGCACAACGGUUGUGCAAUGCUCUGCUGCGCCCUGGGGCGGCCUUGCCUGCCGACCCCAGCGGUAAGCUGUCAGCCCAGGGCUUGCUGAAGGAGAGCGAAGCCAGCUUCCAGGUGGAGCACCAGUGUCUGGGGAAGUGCCAGGGUCUCUUUGUGCCCCAGUUCUACACCCAGCCUGAGGCGCCCUGCAUCCAGUGUGUUGAGUGCCAGUUGCUCUUUUCGCCACAGAAGUUUGUCAUGCAUUCACACAAGUCACCUGAUAAGAGGACCUGCCACUGGGGCUUUGACUCAGCCAAGUGGCCCUGCUACCUGCAGCUUGCACGAAAGUAUCAGGGCACGCCUGAGGAGCCCAAGCUCAAGCACCUCCUGGACGAGGUCAAAGAGAAGUUCCACUACCAGCUUAAGAGGUCGCUAGACAAAAAGGCGGUGGAGGAGAAGGAGAGCCAGGUGAGGAAAUCCUCAGCAGACCUCUGCUCGCCCAGCGGCAAGUUGACCGAUGCCGACCCUGCGAGAAAGGGGAAAACAUCUCCACCCUCUCUGGUGUUCAACCGUCUUUUCUCGGACAUCAAGGAGGAGCCAGGACACCCCACCCUGGUCCAUCCCAGUUACUACCUGUACACAUACGAUAAAAUGGUGGCUCCCAACGUGUCUCUGCGGAGGGAGGCGGAGAUGAGCCCAGAGAUGCUCGCAGCGCUGCUCAAACACCACUACAGCCGCAGAGUGCUGGGCCACGACGAGCCGCCCAUGGAUCUUCAUGCGUCGCCUCCCGUCAAUGCUGGCGCCGAGGAGGCCAAAUCCCAACGUGCCGCUGCUGCCUCGGCCACCGAGCGGGAAUGCCAAACCCAGGCAGUUUCCAUGGAGACAAGCAGCCCGAGCUGCAAGAAAGCCACCCACAUCCCCACCCACACCCCUCCUUCUCCUGCGUCGUUGUUGUCGCCGGUAACGGAAGUAGCGGCUAAGGACACAGGCUCUGCCACAAGCGGCGCUGCAGUGGUGGUGGGGGGGCUGGAGGACGACAAGGACAGGAUUGUUGUGGAGAUCAUGCAGAUGUACAGCAGACAGCAGGAGAAGCUCAACUCCACCCUGCACAAGCAGCUGCAGCUGGAGAUGGAGCUGGAGGCAUUGCGCGGGGGCGAGGCUGCCAGGCUACGGGAGCUGAGCGCAGAGCAGCGGGAGCUCCGCAGCGAGCUGGAGGCGGUGCACAGCGAGCAGGCGCGGCAGCUCAGCCAGGCCCGCCAGGAACAGCUGGAGCUCGAGACCCGUCUGGAGCAGCUCCGACAGCAGGCCUGCGCCUGCGAAACGGGGGCGCAACGCCAACAAGAGGCCCACUACACUGCACAGUUGUCAGAGCUCCGUCAGAGGCUUGAGCGGGCGGAGGCGGACCGACAGGAGCUGCAGGAGGAGCUGCGCAGGGAGCGGGAGGCGCGGGAGAAGCUGGAGCGCACAAUCACCCAACUCAAGCAGCAGAUGUCCCAGUCUGGCACGGUGGGAGGCAGCCCCUCUCCUCCUCCUACCCCUUCCACCGGACCCCCUAACGCCCACUCCCCGCCCUCCUCCUGCUCUUCCUCCAUCUCAGAGGCCCCAGCGGCUGGCCAAAAGUAACUGCCACCCCUCCAGGCGCCUCCCUCCCACCCUCCCUUAUUCCUCUCCCCAUCACCCGCCAACUCUACAGACACAAACAAAUCAGCCUGAGGCAGAAAGGAGCUUCACGUCUCCUCAGGCUGUUUUUAAGUUGUGCAUCUCACCCUCCUCCCUUAUUUCAGUGUAGGACUGACUUUUGUUUUUGUAAUUUAACAUCACUUAAAAGAAAAGUUUUAUGGUAUGUUUUUUAUUUUUAUUCUUUCUUUUGCUCCUUCUCCUCUCUUUAAACAGUAUUUAAAGAUUUUUUUUGGGGCAUGUAUGAUUUAAUUUAUAGUUUUUACUGAACAAACAGCUGCUUCACAGACAGGAGUUUGGUCAAGUAGAGACCAACUUAACCCAUCACUAUGUUUUUUUUUUCCCCCUUCCUCACAAUUGUCACCCUCCUCUCCCUUCCCUUCUUGCUCCCUCUGGAUUCUGGAGCCAAUGACUUUGAGAUUUCAGACUUCAGCUCAGACACAUAGACGCUUGUCUUAGCUCCUCACGGACGUCACUUCAUGCUACUACCUGGCACAGCUGCCGGAGCCCACGGACACGUUAUGGCGCCUGGUUGUGUGCCUCCUCUCCGUCUUUCUGUACCUACAACCCAGAUGCUCAAGUACCAGCGAAUGCAGGAAACUGCAUGGACAUUUCAAAACAGUUUUUUUUGCUCCUUAUGAAAAUACAGAGAAAGAAAAAUAUAAUGUGUUAAAACAUCAAGUCUAUAUGGAGGAGAAAAACCUUUACUGUACAAAAAAAAAAGACAUUUAGCAGAUGUCGUAAAACCUCACGAAAAUAUGCCAAUAGUGACGCUGAACUUGAAAUGAGUGUUUUGAGUGUGACCCCCACAAGGUAGCUAGCUAUCAAACUGUCUGGCCUGGACCCCAGCUGCUCCUGACACAGACUAACUUCCUCUUUACUCGGCUGGGCAGCACCUGGACUCUCCUGUUGUAGACCAAACAGUCUGUCGGUUGAUCCACCAGCUGCCCAGUGUCUCGUGCCCCCCCCCUCCCCCUCCCACCCCCAACCACCACCCACUGGAGACCUUACACCUACCAUUGCUGUACGGGCCAUUUCCCUCUGCUGGGAAACUCCUUAACACUGUGGUUUUCACCCACUUUGGGCUAGACAGGAAACACUGUGCUCUUUUCAGGCUUGGCAUGAAGAAGCUCACGAGCAGUGUUAUGCACUUAAUGUGCUCUCCUCCCCCAGAAUCUCCUGGGAAAGGAAUGUGUCUGGACACGGGGGCCGGUUGAGCCGGUGUAGCUCCUCUAAGAAAGAAGAAAGGCAGAGUCUCACAUGUGCAGUAGCUGUGCUGUAUUACCAUAAUACAUACGACAUCCUCACAUGCCCGCACAUACUCGAGUGUGUCGGUGCAGUGCAGGCAUUCAGGCAGAACAAUGGCCCCAGCGUUCCCAGCAGAUGAUCAAAGCUCCAGUCUGUCCCUGUUUUCUGGGCAGCUUCUUCUUUUUGUAUCAUUUGACUUUAUUGUUAGCAGAUGGUUUUAUCCCCACCCUGUUUGUCAGAGCGUCGUCUAAGAAUGUGGGUCGCAGGUGAAAGCAGUUAGUCCAGGGUGUUUUGGGCCCUGCUUCACGUUAUUCUGCCUGGCUGAACAAACAGCACCGGGCAGGGAGAGGAAGAGAAGGGAGGAUUGAGGGGAGCGUUCAGGGGACUGGUGCACUCUCCCCCUCGGCAGGCUGGGUGGCCCGGGCUCCGGGGGUACAGAGGGAGCCCUUUUUGUUUUGCACCAUCAGAAUGGGGGCAGCUGUUGUUGUCUGGGGGCCUCUGCCCGCCCUCGGGUGAGACUGUACAGGAUCCCCCCAGCUCUCAACACAGAACCUCCCUCCUCUCCCACAGAACCGCCGUCACUCACUCACUCUCACAUACCCGUCCAUCCAUCUCCAGUGCCAGAUCAGCUGGGGGUGUGCAGUGUUUUGUAGAUGCCCAGGAGAGCGAGCAGACGUCCAGCCAGAGGAAGAGAGGACUUUUAUUGUGUCAGUUGCCAGGCAAAAGCGCUUUUUAUUGCCACUAAGGAGAUCCCUGUAAGCGAGUGUAUGUGUGUAAAUAAUUGUUUAAAAAGAGAAGGGGAUCGGCCUCGGCUAAACUCUGAGCUUUUUUUAUGCAUCUGCUCUAAAUGCAAAUUGAUAGACAUUCCACUGUGCUCCAUCCUGUUCAAUGCAGAUUUUCUUACACAGCUUCCCUUUACAAUAACAGACCUUAAAGACAGGGCAGGGUACAGUUGUGGUUUGUUGAUGGUCAUAAAAGCAGGUGAGGUUGCAAGCCAGUUAAAUCAAACCCAUGCCGCAAAUGUACACUCUACUGUUGUUCCAUUUAAACCUUUAUUGAAAUUAUGAAAGAAAAUAUUUAACGUAUUAACUAAAGAUUUAUAUUCACUUUGUAAAUACAGUAGUCAUUAAUAUAUUAACUGUUCUUAUAUUAAUAAUCUUCAAAAGGUUAUAUAAAUUGGACCAGAACUAAGGCUUCAGAUGGCCUAAAUGUUUUUGCUUUCUUUUAAAAGUGAUCUUUGCAGAUAUCAGAACUUGACUUUUGUGGAAUGGAUGUGGGGGAGUGAAAUGCAUGGUUUACUGAGACAUGAUGCAGGACAAAGGCAAAAUAGGAAAAAUGAUACUUGGUUACACACUUUCCCCCCUUUCUGAACUGAUGCAUUUGUUUUUUGUGGAUUUCAUCUUGACGGACUGUUUAACUUGUAAUGUAAUGAGCUUUUUUCCUCUUUGUUAAACCCCCUCCCCUGAGCUAAAUUGAAAACCUUUGUUUAAGAAAAUGCAUUUUGGAAAAAAAAGAAAACAAAAAAAAAAAAAAGGAAAGAAAAUACGAUUUUUUU